AUUAAAUUGGUGUGAUUUUACCUUUUUCGCCUUCCGUGGAUGGAGACGCGCCGGGAAAAGAGCUCCUCCGGCGAGAUGUUCUCGUUUCCGAGCACUCCGGUUCAAGAUCAGGAUUCCGAUUUCGAAUUCGGAUCGAUUACUCCCGAUUCUCCUUCCACUUUCAACAAUUCGCCGGCGGAUCAUCUGUUCGUCAAUGGCCGUCUCUUGCCUCACUCUUUCCCGCCUCAGCCGAUCGGUGUCUAUACGGUCGACAUUUCCCGUCCGGCGAGCCGGACGAGCAGCGUCGGGAGUAAGGAUUCGUUCAUGUCGUCGAGAAGUAACAGCAGUAACAGUAGUUGCAGUAGCAGUACCAGCGCGAGAACGAGCGCGAGCGAUGUUGAGCGAUCUUCGUCGAGAUUCUCUUCGCAUCAGAUCAAGAGAGCGCAGAAAUCUUCUUCGGUUUCCGCUCAGGUGUACGGAUCCUCUCAGAGAUGGCAGUUCAUCGCGUCGGUGCCGGUGCCGGCGACUCUGAGCCGCGAGAAUUCGAGGAGGAAGAAGGCCGUGGAGAAUAUUGGGGGGAAAUCGGAUUCGAGGAGGAAGAAGAGGAGGACGGAGACGGCGACGGCGACGGCAACGGCGAGGAAUAGGAGGAAAAAGAAGAAGAAGACGAUGUGGUUAGGAAGGAAGGUUUUCCGGUGGAUUAUACUGGUUUGUAAAGAAUGCCAUGCGAUUGAGCCGUCGAGGAAGACGAAAUCGACGAUGCCGAAGCGCGAUUGAAUUUAGGGAUUGAUUCGAAUUUGUUGAUUAAUUUCUUCUGGAUUUUGCCUUUUCGAUUCGAUCGCUCUGGUUUUCCAUAUAUCUCUCUUGAUUUAAUUUCUGGAGUUCUUUUGGUGAUGGCGUUUUGUUGAUAUGAUCUGAUGAUCUCUAUAAUUUCAUUCUCUCGAAUGUUGAGAAGUGGAGAAGUUUUCGUUAAUAAUGUGAUGAUGAGUUUGGAAGGUAAAUUCAAUUCAAGGCUUAAUGAAA